AUGAUCUUAACCAGAGAUUGCCACGGCUCCGGAGCCGGCUCUUGGCUCCGGCUCAGAGCGGCUCCGGCUCCGAGCCGGGAGCCAGAGCCAAAGCCGGAAAUUUUGGGUGCGGCUCCGGCUCCCGAGCCCAAAGUCGGAGCCGGGCAUCUCAGCGUUCAGAAAAGUAAAAAUUUAUCAGAUUGCUUGAAAAAUACUGGUAAGGGUGUGUUGCAUACGACUUGGCUUCGAAAACGUUGGGCGUAUGAUUUCUGGCGUCAAUAGCUUUGCCAUUUUGGCCGUGGCAAUCUCUGGUCUUAACUAAGCCUUCUCCUAGCCUUCGCCAUGAGAGAUUGCAACAUGGAGACAACACAAAGUAUCGUCCACCCGAAAGGACGUAGGGCCGCUUAAAUUGCUCAUAAUCAAAAACAAUUUCUUUGUUAGUUUGUAACUCCAUUGUUUCCAAAAGACAAGGAUAGGCUUUGCAGAGUUUCCUUCCAUUACAAAUUAUGAUUUUGAAACAAAGAAAACAACUUGUGAGACGGGAAUACUUGAAAAAACAAGAUUGUCAAACAUUGACCAGGUCAACAAAGGUGUGCCAUUGUCUGUUUAUGCAAUUUUAUCAGAAAAGAAAAAGUUUAUAAGGAAGAGUUGAAUACUGUUGAGUAGCUGUUUGGCCGACACGUCUUUCGGCCGUAAAUUUGGCGCUACUCUUCGGGUCAGCGACAGUCCGAGUCGACGGUACUUUGGGUGGCCUUGAUUUGUCGUUGUAUGAGGCAAGGAGAAGGCUUAGUUUGCAGAAAUCUCCCAUGCAUACAACGGCCAGCCAAGGCAACCUAAAGUACCGUCGAACCCAACUGUCGUUGACCCGAAAAGUUGUAGCGCCUUAUUUUCAGACAUGAUUUACUUCAUUGCCUUUCUGCUUAUCCUCUCAACCCCGUUGACCCAUGCAAUCAACACAAACUUCAAUAUCGAGCUAACCUACGCCAACAAGGAGGCGAGAAAAGUCCUGGUUGACACUACAUCGGCGGCCAGCUUCCUCUUCGACGCUAAGGUCAACCUGGACAAAAGCCGGACUGUGAAUCCGGCGGACUCCAAGACUUUCAAAAACCUGAACAAGACCAUCUUCCAAAAAUACAAUCCCUAUACCAACGAGGCAUAUAGCUCGUUUAGCGGCUACCUUGGAGAAGACGACUUCAGUCAUGGUGCGCUGAAAUUCAGAGGGACGCUGGGUCUGGCCUCCGGCCAACUUAACGACCCUGGGAAAGCGAGUAAUGGAGAGCUGUUCGCGGGAAGAAUUGGGCUUUCUCGAGGUAAAAGCGACGCCCUGUUGAGGGAUGCCAUUUUGGCGAAGGCGGAGAAGAAGGUUGCAUGUCUUUCACUGCAAACAACCAUCGGCGGAGAGUAAGUGAGGAUGGUUUGAGACUUUGAAAAAAUUUGUGGCGGAAAUGUGUAUGAAUUAACAUUAGAGGCAAAAAGCUCAAAAUUGGCAGCGAGUCCAAGUUUGCAAACAAGUCGGACACUGUUGUUGAGCAAAUUCGAAAUAUACGCAUCAAAGACCGCAUCGCCGCUGGGAAAAGGAACUGGGCCGCGGCAAAAUCAAAUUGCUUUUCGCUUCAGCGGCACGAUUGGCGCUGAGCGCGCACUAUUUUUCCGACAGACUGAUAUCAAAUUUCUGUCAGGCUUAGGAAUGGCUCCGGACCGGGCUUUGCAAAAUUUUCCGGCCCGGGCCGGGCCGACUAAUUUCUCGGCCCGACUCCGGGCUUCGAUUUUUAGGCCCGGGCCGAACCGGGCCGGGCUUUCCAAAUUUUCCAAGCCCGGGCCCGGGGCGGGCUUGGAGAUUUAAGCCCGGGCCUGCGGCUCGGGCCGGGGCGGGCCGGGCUGGCCCGGUUUGCAGCCAUGCUUAGUCAGGCUUCGCCAAAAUCGUUGGGCAUCUCUUUCCUUACGCCAGUGAUCCAUUUUUCAAUCAUGUUCCGUUUUCAGGAAACCAACUUCCAAAGUGACCCUCAGACAAGACCCGUUCGCCGACAAAACCCCGUACCUUCAAGCCAAAUCCUUGCCCCACCCCGAGGGCAAUUGGCAAGUGAAUGUGACCCGUUUCAGUCUGGCUGGCGUUGUUUUCGCCAACACCAUUCCGGCCGACAUCUCGACCACCUGCGGCUUCAUCGGCGUCCCGUACAACUACUUCGCAAAGAUCCGACAAGCUCUGAACGUGCGGUACGACAACAAGACAGGCCACGACACCGUGGAUUGCAAUAAAGUGGGGACUUUCGUACUUCAUAUCAAUGGAAAAGCAUUCCUUUUAUAUUCCGGUUAUUAUACUGAAAAGUCCGGUAGCGUUUGCGUGCUGAAAAUCCGGCCUCAAAGCGGAUUCGUUUUGGGAUUGCCGUUCUUCGUCAACGCAGGCGUUUGUCUGGACUUUGAGAAGGAGGAACUUAAGAUCUAUAAGCUCCAAACGAUAAAAAACAAAACCGGUUCCAAUUGA